CGAUUGAAUCAUGGUCGUGGGACUGUCCACACUGCACUGAUUAUCUGAGACAAGACGUUGCGUUGGGUAGAGUCUGGGCAAGUCGUGGCGGUGUGGGCCGGACUUUAGGGAAGAUGGACAGGAGUGAUCACCAUAUAUGAGAUGAAGAGUCUUACAUAGAAUGGACGACAAAGUUACUGGUGUGCUUAUGUUACCUUGCCUGGUAAACUACCUCUGAUGACGAAAUACUUGUUUUAUAGAGAAAAAGCUACUGGUGUGCUUAUGUUACCUUGCCUGUUUCCACAUGUACGAAGUUUAUUGGUGAGCCAAAUUUAAUUGCUACGGUGAUGGUAGAAGGUCGAUGUAUGUAUGGUUUUUCUGUUGGUUAUCCGUAUAAUGCUGCCAGGAUUCUGUGUGAAUCAGAAGGAACCCAACUUGUUACUUUACAAUCUGAUGCAAAACAAGAAGCGGUGUGGACAGCUCUUAAUGGCGCCUGUAAUAAAUGGACAGAAUGGUAUGAUCGAGAUAAUGUAUCAGGAACUGGUGAUUUGGAAACUCUUACAAUUCUUCGUGAAGAGAAUCCGGGCCAGAUUUGUGAACAACCAUUAGCAAUAGAUGCUCAAUUAUUAGAUGGUCGACCUUAUACUGCUAGUGGUGAAAUAGUUACCAUUAGUCCAACUACUGGUUUAAUUUGUAAGAAUAAAGAUCAGAUUGAUGGAAUAUGUGAUGAUUAUAGAGUUAGAUUCUGCUGUGAUCCAAGUUUCAAUUUCGAUCAGCAUUGGAUGGGACUGAAAAAAAGAAGAGGUAUAUGGCAAUGGAACGAAGAUGGUGUUUUAAUAGAUGUGACGUCAACACGAUGGGAGAAUGUCCAAGGUUCAAAUAAUGUCGCCUACACCAUGUCUUCACAGGGUAUAUAUUUAUGGAAGAUGACGAAUACUGAUAGUCGGUAUAAACCUGUAUGUGAAGAAAUCUCAGAUACCAGCAGCAGUGCUAUUCCGGUAUCUCACACAGAAACCUCAACUGUUGCGGCUCCUACUACGACACCACCAGUAACAAAAGAGAUGUCAGUUUUGUAUGACCGUCACUUGCAGACGUUAAAUAAUGUGGUCGUAUAUAAAACUGUGACUGCUGUCAACGCUAACCACUGUGCUGUGCGAUGUUUAAUGUUUAGCCAAUGUCGUUAUUUUAGACUUGUAGUGGCAGAUGGUCCAAAUUGUGAUCUUAUGGAAGUAAACUCUGCAACUGGUGCAAACUAUGAUUGUUCAGUCCAUAAGUGUUAUAAGCGAUCUCUUGUGUAAUAAAGAAUGAUCAAACCAACUGACCAGGCCCGUUUCCCAUGUAUGCGUAGAAGUCGGUUUGAUGCAAAUGUAAUGGGGCCGGUUCCAAGUAACCGGCGAAACGCGCGCGGAAAUCCGCAAAAACGCGCACGUGAAAAAUGGGCUUUACAAUGAUGUAUUAUUAUGUUAGCACGAAUGAUGUAGGCUACUUUCAUUUUUAGUCAGAAUUUUUGGACCAUGAAUUUGGACCCAGGUGUUACCCAUGGCCCAUAUGUUGUUUUUGUUAGUGUUGUUGGUGUUCUUAUUCUGUAGUAAAUUGCGCAUCGAUUGGCGGACUUCGAUUUUUGAUAUGACGAAUCAAAACCAAGAUGACGUUAUAUCCUGUCCUUGGUCAAUUGUACACUCGUACUUGUUUAAAUGGUUCAAAUGUUAAUUUAAUAUCGGAUACUAGAUAUGUCACACGUGUGGAAAAAACGUUAAUUAUCUGUUAAAAUGUGUCAAUUAUAAUAUUAAGACUAUCUUCGUGUAUCAAAUUAAACUAGAUAUUGACCAUUAACAUGUAACUGUAUAUAAAUUGUAAAUAUGUUUGUAGAUGCGCCUUUUAUUCAUCUUUAUGG